UUGACAGUCACUGUACAUAUAGAACAAAAAAUUACGAGGUUACCAUGCCAAUAUCGAAUCUCAAAUGUCUUUAGUAAAAACAAAAAAAUUUCAAAUUCCAAACAUCCUUCGUCAUUUCUCUGUUUGACCUCGAAAUUUUCACAUUUUUGCAUAAAGUGCAAAAUUAAUAGUACGUGAGCCAUGGCCGAUGACGAUGAAAAUAAAGAAAAGAACCAUACAAUCGAAAGUCUCUUUAUACUUUAUGCCAACAAUAACCUCAACGCUUUGGAUUUAGAUAAUGAAAUGCAUGAGAGUAUACUCUUAUCACAAAUAGAUUUUUGGCUGGAUCAGGCGAAACUGUUAAAAACGGUUUUUACAAUGACAGAAACGGGCAUGACUUAUAUGAAAUUCAAAAAAUGGCGUUUGGAUUUCGAGGAAUUUUUGGAAUUUCUGAACUUAAUUUGCCAAGACAAAGAUAUAAAAAUUGAUGAUGUUAAGCAAACGCUGCUCGAAGCUGGUCCUCCUGGUGGUACUUUGGAAAUUGUUAUAGUGAAAUGAUUCAGAAGUUUGCAGUAUAUUUUUGAGGAUGAUACGUACCCAACUUUAGGCUAGUUUUAUACAAUAAAUAUCAAUAUUAAUGACAAUUUUAAUACCAGUGUUAAAAUUCUUAGUUCAGAGAUAUAUAAUAAAUUAAACUAUUUCAAGUCCGACAGUUACAAAUAAACGGCAAUAAUGAAAGGAAAAUUUGUAUGUAGGUAGAUCAAGAAGCGAAAUUCCUCAGAGAGGACUCCAGUGAAAGCGUGCAUGCUAUCUCGCAGUAAUCAAUAAUUUUCCAUUAUUAUUACCCUUUGUAUUAAGAAAGCCCUUAAAACAUCGAUGUAGGUAGGCUAAAUUUAGAAAGCUACGCAACUGCAUACACGACAACCACAAUUUUAUUUGGUUUUAAUUUUAUUUAUUUACAGUAUAUCGUAAUAAUCUAAAUAUAAUUGUAUAAGUUCCAUAAUAUUUCAUUUAAUCAUAUUUGUAAAUAUUAAAUGAUUUUUUUUAUAGAAUUCAGAUUUGUUUUCCGGUUUACUUGCCUUUAUUUUUUUUCUACACUGGCGAAUGCAUUUUCAUUAGCGUGAACCGUUUGAGAAAUUCGAGGCCGUAAUUGCUAUUUUUUAUAAAUACAUAUUUUCUUUUAUCAUUGUUGAGUGACCCAAAUUAUUAUAAGCUAAUUAUAACAAACAUCAUUUUACGCCAGCCGCGAAACAACUUCUUACACGUGAAAAUUGUCAACAUACAGCAACAUUUUGUCGUUUUAUAUUUGAUAGACUAUAAAUCUACGAUGAUUUGCAACGGAAGCGGGGAUUUUCGUUUCAUUUUUUUUUGUGUUUUUUUAAAGUUGAAUAAUCUUAGCUUACUGCUUUGUUGUAUGCAUGAAUAUGUAUUAGCCAGAGAACAUAAACUUUCACAAACAAAGAUUACAAGCAUAUACAUAUGGAGUUUACGAUAAAACAAUUACAGUAGCAAAUGGGUAAGCAAAAAGGACUAAUCACAAAUUAAAAAAA